AUGUCUGUUGAUAACGAACCAUCCGUGGAAGUGCAUGCCCUUCGGGCCGGUCGCUUCACGCUGCCAGAGCGAUUCUUCGUACACCCUGCUUCAGAAAAUGCAAAGCGAACAGUGCCCUCAUUAUCCUUUUUGAUUCAACAUGUCAACCGAGCAAGCAUAACUACACGAAUUGUUUUCGAUCUUGGUCUACGACAUCCAUCGACCAAUUAUCCGAUCCCAAUUCAACGUCAUCUCGAGACCCGGCAACCUAUGACCACUGAACCUGACAUUGUACAGAGCUUAGCAGCUGGUGGAUUAUCGACAGAUGAUAUUGACUAUGUGAUAUACUCACACGUUCAUUGGGAUCAUAUCGGCGAGCCAAAAGCAUUCGGUAAAAGCACAUUCGUUGUUGGCCCUGGUACAUCGUCUCUACUAGAAAACAGUUCGUCCCUUCGUGGAAGUCAUUCUUUUUUCGAGCCUAAUCUGCUGCCCGCGUCGCGAACCAUCGAGCUAGCCCCUGUAAUAGGUGCCUCGGAAAAAGUGACUUUUACCGAUAUGUCUACCAAGAAUGAAGUUAUGCCAGAUUUCACCCAAUCAUGGGUACCAUAUGGGUCCCUUCCUCGGGUGAUGGAUAUAUUUCGGGACGGGAGUGUCUUGAUAGUCGAUGCACCAGGCCAUCUCCCCGGACAUAUCAAUCUUCUCAUUCGCACAGGUGCAAGUAAGUAUACUUAUCUAGCUGGGGAUGCGUGCCAUGAUCGACGUAUCAUGAGAAGAGAGAGGGAGAUUGGAGAAUGGCAUGAUAAACAUGGUCAUGUUUGCUGCAUUCAUACAGACAAGAAGCAGGCCGAAAAAACGAUUGAGCUGAUUUUGCAGCUUGAGUCUCAAGGCGUCGAGGUUAUAUUGGCCCAUGAUGUCGAGUGGGAAGAGAAGCCAGAGAAUCAAGCUCGCUUUUUCGGGGCUAGUUACCAGACUCCCAUCGAGAGAAGUUUCUAA